AUGUCUUGUCACAACAGUAUCACGGAAAAUGGUGAGCCCAGUAGGGUAAAUGUGGGAGAAGUCGUCGAAAAAUACCGGCCAAGACUCGAAGCCUUUUCCAACUUCUAUAAAGAGAUACAUCAGGACCCUGAAGUUUCGGGCCUGAAAUCUAGGACGGCGGAAAGGGUUGCAAAGCAUUUGGAGUCACUCAAACACCAGGUUCACCAGCAUAUUGGCGGUUAUGGAGUCGUUGGAGUCUUUCGAAACGGUCCUGGAAAGGUCAUACUGCUACGGGCUGAACUGGACGCUCUACCCAUUGAAGAGUUAACGGACUUGCCGUACAGUAGCAAGAAGCGCAUGGUGGACCGUUAUGGCAAUGGCCGGCCCGUCAUGCACGCAUGUGGUCAUGACAUGAAUAUGGCGGCGCUUCUCGGUGCGGCUGCCCUGUUGCGGGCUGCAGCCGCGGAAUGGAGUGGCACUCUUCUUAUUGUUUUUCAACCCGACGAGGAGGAGACGGGGGGAGCGCAGGCUAUGAUUGAUGAUGGACUAUACAACCUCAUUCCAGUGCCGGACCUCAUGCUGGCUCAACACGUGGUUCCCUCAGCGACAGGUUCCGUAUCUAUCCGCUCCGGCCCGGUGUUUAUAGCUGCAGACUCCAUACGUGUUCGAGUUGUUGGCGGUCCAUGCGAAGGGACUCUAAAUCCUCAGCAAUGUGUGGAUCCUAUCCCGAUCGCGAUGCGCGUUGUUCUUGGACUUGAAGACGCCGUGAGGGCUGAAAUCGGGCCAGACAAAGACGUCACGGUUGCUUGCUGGGGUUUUCAUGCCGGCGAACCAGGCAAUGACUAUGUUGCCUACGCUGACAUUCUCCUUGAUGUAAAGACGAUGGAAGCCAAGGUUAGACUACAAGUGCACGAAUUCAUCAAGCGCCGAUUUCGAGAGGCGUGUCACGAAGCUGGUAUGCCUCGGGAACCAAUAUUCGACAUCAAGGUUCGUGCUCCUCUUACGAGCAAUGACGUGUUAACAUCGGAUGCAGUUGGAAAGGUGUUUAAACAGAUGUUUGGAGACAACGCUCUGGAAAUGGAGCUCACACGUGCGUGCGAGGACUUCUCGACACUGGGAGGCGGUCAUAACGUGCCUUAUGCGUACUGGAACUUUGGGGGAAGUGGAAAUACGAUCGCAGGCGCUGUCGCUAUAAACCACUCCCCCUACUUUGCUCCCAUUAUAGAGUCGACUCUCCGCACUGGGAUAGAUGCUAUGGCACUGGCUGUACUGACGUUUUUGGCCAGGUAG